GUUCCCAUUACGCCAUAUCUAGGACACGUGAUGUUUUGUUCGGUGAUAUAAGAGCCGUUUACUCGUUCAGUUGUCAUAUCGACAUGGAGAUCUUGGGGCUUGUGGACGUGCCGCUGUAUCUCCUACUGUGCUUGGCGGCCACAGUGCUGAUAUACAUAUAUGGAACAUGGAACUACAAUUACUUCAAGAAGCAGGGCAUCCCGGGGCCAGCACCAACGCCUUGUGUUGGAAACAAUGUUGGUCAGAAUUUCGGCCAUAAAGUGUACGCAUGGAGUAAGCUAUAUGGAGAUGUUUUUGGUGUCUUCCUUGGAAGGACACCCGCCUAUGUUAUCUCCGAUCUUGAAGUUCUGAAACAGGUUAUGGUCAAGAGUUUUGACAAUUUCAGAAACCGGACGGCAUUGAAAUUUCCCUUUCCCUUUAAUUUAUCAUUGAUAAACUUGGAAGACGCAGCGUGGAAGAGAGUGAGAAAUACCAUCAGUCCUACCUUCACUGGUGUCAAACUGAAGCAGAUGUGUGGAUCUAUCAACGAUUGUGGAAGGACUCUUACAACAAACUUCUCAAAGGUCAUGGGGGAAAACCGUGGAAUCAAUGUAAAAGACUACUUUGGAGCUUUCUCUAUGGAUGUGAUUUGCCAAACUGCCUUUGGGAUUAAGGUUGAUUCACAAACUGAUUUCAACCACCCGUUUGUCGUUAAUGCUAAGAGGUUAUUCCAACCAACAAAACUAGCACAGGCUUUCUCGGUAGUGUCAGGUGCAGUUCCACCACUUGAACCGAUCAUCGCUAAGCUCGGCUUGGGAGUCUUUCCACGGGACACCAUAGACUUCUUUGAGACGAUCACCAGUGAACUGAUGAAACAGCGAGGAAAUGAUAAAACACACCACCAACAGGGAACAGACUUCCUGAAACUGAUGAUGGAUGCUUCAAUCGAGGGAAAAGAUGACAACGCUAAUGAUCAAACGGUCAAACAUUCAGUCAGGCAUCUAUCGAGGGAUGAAGUAAUUGCUCAGUCCAUAACGUUUUUUAUCGCUGGUUACGAAACUACAGCGUCCACCCUUACCUUCAUAUCUCACUGCCUGGCCAUGAACCCGGAUGUACAAGAGAAGGCCUACAAUGAAAUCAAAGAAAUGUUGGGAAAUGAAGAACCAACCUAUGAGAACAUUGGGAAACUGAAGUAUUUGGACAACGUGAUCUCAGAGACGCUCAGACUCUACCCGCCAGGCUAUUUGAUCACCCGGUCUGUUUCUGAGACCAUUGAGAUCAAGGGCCUAACUUUCUCUAAGGGUCAAACUGUCUUCAUUCCUGUGAUGGCUAUACACAGAAAUCCUGAGCUCUACGAAGAUCCUGAUUCCUUCAAGCCAGAAAGGUUUGAAGAUCAAGACAAAACUAUGGCCUUCCAAGCUUUCGGGUAUGGACCAAGGAUCUGUAUUGGGAUGCGGCUAGCCCUGACUGAAGUUAAAGUAGCCUUGAUCAAUGUUCUGAGGGCAGUGAAGUUUGAACGCGUGCCCGAUACACCGGAAGUACUGACGUUUGGUCCGAACCCAAACGUUCUUCAAACAGACAUUGACAUCAUACUGAAAGUGUCUCCAAGAUGUUGAAAACAGCAAAAAUGCAACGACAGUUCCCAGGAUGUAUCUGAGACUAUGAUACAAAUUGUGUACAUAUUACGACCACCAAACCAAUGAAUAUAUACGCUGUACCACUUUACGUCAGUGGUCAUUGAUAUUGAAUCUUUUCAUUCUUGAACUUUGAUUGUUUUGUAAUACGUCACGCCGAAGACCCGGAUUCGAUUCCCCACAUGGGUACAAUGUAUGAAGUCCAUUUCUGAUGUUACCCGUCGCGAUAUUGCUUGAAUAUUGUUAUAAGGGGCGUAAAACUAAAUUGAUUCAUUCACUACUAGCGGGAAACGGGAAACAUAUUCAAGGAGAAUGUUGGGACUCUCGACUUCAGAGUUUAGAUGACUUUUCUUCCAUUGACCCGGAAUCAGUUAAUGCCCGCAUUCAAGUGUAUACAUUUCAGAUACUCUCCUGCUUCCGUGACAUACGGAAAUGUCUACAUCUCAUUAUAACUACUGAAUACAUUUUACCAUUAGUUACUGUAAUAAUACAUAGUAAAGACGAUAUUUAAACACAAGAGGGUGUUUAACACAAAAAGAGAACAAGGAAUUUUAAAUAUUCAUUUGUCUGUCAGGCAAAAUCACGUAUAAUCACGACACUACCGCUGUCAUAGAACAUAUAUUGUACAUGGUUAAUAUCUUAAUGUUUGCGCUGUGUGUAUUCAUACCAAUACGCCGAACAUAUUCUAUCAGCUUUUCAAUGUUCAAUUGUAUACUGUAUCAAAUCAAGAUGUCAACAUAACCAUGGGUCUACCGCCGACAUGUAACGUAUAUUGUAGAUCUAUAAUUGUAUUUUAAUGUUUGUGCUGCGUAUAUUCAUGUAAAUGCAUUGAACAUAUUCUAACUGCUUACACAUUCAGUUGCACAUUUGGUGUAGUAUCUGUAGCUGGAAAGUCAAGCACGAAAAUAUAGUGGUAAUGCUUGUAAUUCAGAUGAACAUGUAUUCAUACAGAAUUCUCACGAAUGAGUCUAAUUUGCUUUCUUUACGUACUUUUAAAAGCUCUUAAUGCUGCAUGUUUGGUGUUCUUUAUUUGCCUGUAUUCAUUUACACUGAAUAAACUCAAUAGAAUGCU